AUGUCAGGAGGUGAGGCUCAUGACAUCAGGGAUGAUAUGAACAUAAUUGAGAACAUAUGGAACUACCUUGACUGUCAGGUUCACUCCUCUGACCCUGCCCUGCAUAAUGUUGCUGAAUUGUGGGAGGCUCUUCAGGAGGAGUGGGCAUGCAUCAAUCCCAUCAUUAUCAAUAAACUGUAUGAGUCUAUGCCUGAUUGA